CUCCUCCUCCCCAGGCAGGAAGUGGAGCUGGACCUGCCUCUGGAAGGGCCAUGCGCAGCACCACACUCCUGGCCCUGUUGGCGGUGGUGCUGCUUUACUUGGUAUCCGGGGCUCUAGUGUUCCAGGCUCUGGAGCAGCCUCAUGAGCAGCAGGUUCAGAAGGAGCUGGAGGAUGGCCGGGACAAGUUUCUGAAGGACCAUCCAUGUGUGAACCAGGAGAACCUGAGGAAAUUCAUCAAGCUCGUGGCUGAUGCCUUGGGAGGGGGUGCAAACCCAGACACCAGUUGGACCAAUAGCAGCAACCACUCAUCAGCUUGGAACCUGGGCAGCGCCUUCUUUUUCUCGGGGACCAUCAUCACUACCAUCGGCUAUGGCAAUACAGCCUUACAGACAGAAGCCGGGCGUCUCUUUUGUAUCUUCUAUGCACUGGUGGGGAUCCCGCUGUUCGGAAUGCUGCUGGCAGGGGUCGGGGACCGUCUGGGCUCCUCUCUGCGCCGGGGCAUCGGUCACAUCGAAGCAAUCUUCUUGAAGUGGCACGUGCCACCCGGACUGGUGAGAAUACUGUCUGCGGUGCUCUUUCUGCUGAUUGGCUGCCUGCUCUUUGUCCUAACUCCUACCUUCGUGUUCUCCUAUAUGGAGAGCUGGAGCAAGCUGGAAGCCAUCUACUUUGUCAUAGUGACACUCACCACCGUGGGCUUUGGAGAUUAUGUGCCCGGCACUGGCUCCGGACAGAACUCAGCCUACCAGCCUCUGGCGUGGUUCUGGAUCUUGUUCGGCCUAGCCUACUUCGCCUCGGUGCUCACCACUAUCGGCAACUGGUUGCGAGCGGUGUCCCGCCGCACACGGGCAGAGGUGGGUGGCCUCACGGCGCAGGCUGCUAGCUGGACCGGAACAGUGACUGCACGAGUGACCCAGCUAGCCGGACCUAGCGGCCCGCCGCCAGAGAAGGAGCAACCGCUCCUGCCCUCCUCCCUGCCGGCACCGCCUGGUGCUACUGAGCCAGCCUGCAGGCCGGGAUCCCCUGUGCCCUCAAAGAAGGCCGAGACACCUUCUCCGCCCACAGCUUCUGCUCUGGAUUACCCCAGUGAGAAUCUGGCCUUCAUCGACGAGUCCUCAGACACGCAGAGUGAACGUGGCUGCGCCCUGCCUCGCGCGCCUCGGGGUCGUCGCCGUCCCAAUCCCGCCCGGAAACCCUCGAGACCCCGGGGUCCUGGGCGUCUCCGAGAUAAGGCCGUGCCGGUGUAGGGGCAGGAUCCCUGGUCCGGGGUCCCAUGUAUGGGGCUUCGUUCCUGCUGAUGCCCAGGCAUGUUUGGCUUAUUUGACCAAAGAGCCCUCUUUUGUUCCACGCGAUUGCAACCUUGGGAGGAGUUCAAGGGUUGCCAAAUGCCACUGCUCUUCCCCGGCUGGUUCCUCGCAUCUAACCAUUUCCAAAUCCCACCAUUCAAGACUUUCUGUCUUGCUGGCCUGGCCUGGC